AUGGAUGAUGUUAUCACUGGAGCAAACGACGUGGAGGAAGCAAAGAUCAUCCGAAGUGAACUUGAUGAAUUGCUGCGAACGGGAGAAUUUCGGUUACGCAAAUGGGUUUCGAACAAUGAAGACGCUCUUGUAGGAGUCGUUGAAGAUAAUCUGGCUCCUCCUUUCGAGAACGAUGUCGAUUUUGAUGCCGAACGAAUGGUGAAAACUUUGGGUUUGGUUUGGGAGCCUCGUACGGAUACAUUCAGGUUUAAGAUCCAAUUCGAGGAGGCUCAGGCGGUUGCGCUAACUAAACGGAAGGUGCUUUCCUGUAUCGCGAAGGUGUUUGAUCCAUUGGGGCUAGUCGGACCCGUCGUAACGAAGGCGAAGAUGUUUAUGCAGCAAAUUUGGGAGCUCAAGGAUACAGCACAGAAGGCAUUAGACUGGACGAUAAUGUGCCGUCAUCGUUAG